UUCUGUGAUUUUAUUUGGUGUGUGUCUUCCGAACUUGAUAGAGUGCGGUAAUUGAAGACAAAGCAAUGCUGAUGUAGAAGAUUGAGACCAUUAUUAUAGCAAGAAUGUUGUUGAGGGUGCUGAUUAGUUUUAGUGAUUAAUAAUGAUGAUGAUGAUGAUGAUGAGAUGAUUGUGGGUGUUGUUGCUGAAAAAGCACUAUUACUUGUGUUUGUUGUUGUUUUGAAAAUGAGUUAAGGAUGAUUAAACAAAAUGGUUCAGUGUGUAUGCCUCUUGGGCGAUUGUUAAUUUGAAUUAUAAAAUUAGUGAGCUGCUGUGUAUACAACUAAUCUUGUUCCAUUGUUGAAUUUGAAUUUAUCGUUGUCAUGCAUAUUUGUAUCUUGAAGUUUUGUAUAUGCAAUGUAGAUAUUAAAGAAGAACUUGCCGCAAUUCAUAUGAUUUGGUGUUGCCUUGACUCAUUUUAAUAUCUUUAUUUUAAUUAUGUUAUAUUUUCUUUUUUUAGUUGGUUCUUUUAAGAAAGACCAGUACUAAUGUUGUUAUAAUUGAUAAAGAGAAGAGAACAUAUAUUACCCUGAUUCUUAAUAUAAUUUAAUCAGCAAGCUUAUAUUUAAUAUUAAAGAAGAACAUAUAUUACCUUGAGGAUUAUCUUUUUCUUUUUCAAUUUUUUCUUUCUUUUUUUAUUUUUUAGAUUUUUUUUUAAAUUCGCAAAAAUCCGGAUAUCCAGCGGAUGGGGUCCCUAUCGUGGGGACAGGGAGGGUAUUUGCAUGUCCCCGCCUCCAUGAGGACCCGUUGCCAUCUCUACGUGGAAGUAGGAUGAUAAAAUGGGAAUUUGAAGUCUCUCGCUUUGGUGUUCUGUGCCUUUCCGCCGCUUCUGUGCUCUCUGCUCACCAAGUCUCGGUCGCUUCCUCUAUACUCUCUCUCGCUGCCAGGAUGCCGGAGGGUAAACUGCUGGUUGGACUUUCAUGGCAACCACAGCUGUUGAUUCCAUCAUCAUCAAAAGCCGCAGAUGCUUGUCAUAACAAACCUCAAAGUGAGGCAUCUAAUAGUAGUCUUUGGAAACCCAAUACAGAGCUUGUUGAUGGCAUUUUCGUUCCUCCUAAUGAUCCCAGAAAGUUAAACAAAUUACUGAGGAAACAAGCUAAAGAUACUGCUGGAAAAGAUUGGUUUGACAUGCCUACUCAAACCAUCACUCCUGAGUUGCAGACAGAUCUAAAGUUGUUGAAGUUGAGGUCUGCGUUAGAUCCAAAACGGCACUAUAAGAAGGGUGAUUCUAAAUCAAAGGCACUUCCAAAGUAUUUCCAGGUGGGAACAGUUGUAGAAGAUGCAUCAGAAUUCUACUCAGAAAGAUUAACAAAGAAGGAGAGGAAAGCAACCAUUGCAGAUGAGUUGCUUUCUGAUCAAAAGCUUGCGGCAUAUAGGAAGCGAAAGGUACGUGAAAUUGAAGAACAAAAUCAACCUGUGGGGAAUACCAAGUGGAAGAUUAGGGGUCGGAAUUCCUGGAAGCGAGCAAAGGAAAGGAGGGUAUAUUGAAUUUCGAUCACUUUGGAAAAUUCAUAGAUGAUAUUUUUGCCCUUUUUUUUUUGGGUUGGAGGGGGGUUUGAUUACGUUAGUUCUUGUCCGUUGCCAUAGUCGAAAAUGCUCUGUAACAGUUUUAAGUUAUUGAUGGAAUUACAGCAUUUGUGUCAAUGCUCGUGUUUAAAAAGUUUGGUAAUUACUAGAAUUUCUUUGAUGAGGCUUUGUAAAUUAUAAAUUGUUGUCAAGAGUAAAAUUUUG